AAUUCUGUACUGAAUUAUUCAUGACGAGAGCUCCGCUUUAUUUUAGUUCAACAGUCAUUAGACGACGUUUGGUGACACUUCAUUAAUCUAUACAGCACCGAAAAUAGCCUACAAAAUUUAAAGCAUAUUCAGAAAAUGAAGAAAUAUGCAAAAUUUGUUUAAUGAUAUGACUUUUAAAAUUUAUUUCCUACCUUCAAUUGUUGAGUGAAUAACACCAUGCUUGUUUUAAGUUUUCAAAGUUUAAAACAAUUCUAAAGACUGUACGAUUAAAUUUUGGGUAUGACUCGUUAUGAAAAUGAAUCUUAAGAUCUAAAACGCCUCAAAUUGAUUAUCGAUUACACAAUCGAAAAAGAAAUAUUCCGACAAAUGAAGCCGAGAAUAGAAUGUGUUACUUGACCUGGGGCGCAAAUCAGUCAAAAGCUCUAUAUUUCAUUAUCGCCUACCUGUAUACAGAGCCACUUUAUUUGAUUUCAAUAUGAAAAUCUUUUAAUUAUCAAGAAUAGUGUGUGCUUUUGGAUUUUUUUUCCUUUCUGGAUUGUUUGCAAACACUGGUCUGCAUCAUUAUGAGCUGUUUGCCGUGUUGACAACCUAUUGUGGAAGGUUCUAAUCGGAUCAGCAAAUUCCGGACAUGGUUCGUUUAAUCUGUGGCGGGCGGAUUUGGGUCGGGCUUGGGUUUUGUAUAAAGAAGGUUUGAAUAGGUUACCCUGAUACAGGUGGUACAGAUCCCCAAGCUUGACACACAGCAGACGGACUCAAUUACGCCAUGCUCUACCCCCUCACUUUACCAGACAUUGCUUUUAUUUAUCACAAACACAAUUACAGAAGGAUUAUGUAACAUAUGUCGACCAUGUUUACUUCCUAGUUAUUUAUAUAACAAAGUGGAAAAUAAAGGAACACUUUUUUAUAUUCCUGAAAGUUCUGGUUCACUUUUGUAUCGAAGUCUAACCUUCACAAACUCGAUUCAAGGUUUAUUUACUUACAUACAAUAUCUGACAGUUUUACUCCACAUAAGAGCUCUUUGUCAGCUCAUUCUAUACCAAAGCGUUAAGUAGCUUUUUAUGUCAACAAAGAUAAAAAAUCUAACAAAGUAGAAAUAAUUUCCUCCCUACGGGGGCCCAACCAAUUCAGCCGACCUGAAACAAGAUACCUGUUUAUUGCCCUAUAAUAACUCGUUCCGGUUGGUUGAUGCGCUGUGACAGGCCGUUUCACAGCUUGGUGCGGUAACUCCGCCCACCAAAAAUAAACCACUCGUCGCUCCAUAUACGAGAGAAAUUAUCUGUUCUUCAUAUGUAGGUCGAAUAGGGACCGCUUUCGGUGGAGGAUAUUAUUUACAUAGUUAAAAUUUUGUGUACAAGCGAUAUAUUGGAUUUUCCCUACAUGCGAUUUUGUGUUUACUUUUAUUUUCACGUUAAACCUUUUACUCGGAAAGGAAUAUUUGAAGAAAAAAGUGGAUGUUUCACUACAAUUUUCAUACAUUAACGGGUUUGAAAAAAAGGGAAUUUUCCUUAUGCACAUGUUGUAGAUAAUAUUGAGGAUUUGGGAAGUGACAAUUGAAAGACACGCGAGGCCUAAUGUUUAGGUGCCCGGGAUAAUGACGGUCCACGGGCAGCGAUCUACAUGUAGCUCCGAGAACAAGAUGAAGAUGCUACCCUCUACCCAGAACGGGUACGUGGGCUCAGUAGUCCAUCCUCAGGACUCUGAUCUCAGUGUCAGUAGGUCGUGGAACGGGCUGGUUUUCCAGGUAUCCCCCAUUACAAUUGGACACACAAAUGGACACACUGUGGUUUCUCCCCUGUCGUGCCAGGAAAAUUACUUGGACUCACCAAGGUCCGGAACAUCCACACCAGAAAAACUAUUAGAAUCAUCGUUCGUUUCCGUGGCCAAACCUAGGUUUUCCAUUGGAGAUGACGAUGUGGAUGAAAAUUCUUAUUAUUCCCAGUUUGAGUAUUCAGAUACUGAGCAGGAAUAUGUAACGCUGGACAAUAAUUACAUCGUGUCCGCCCCUACUCCGGUGUAUACAAGACAUUUCUCCAUGCUGGACUUCAAGAGAAACCAGCUGAACAAUUCCACUAGGUCGGACAAAUCCCGACGUGUUCCUUUUAGUGCCCACAAUCAAGUGUUCAUUGACAAAAAUAAAAAUCUCGAUCAAUCAAGCAACAAGCAAAAAUCCCUAAAAAGGAAAAGUCUUAAGAAAAUCGCGGAGAACAUUGGGUCAGUGCUAAGUUUAUCCCCCCGCAAAGAUGGAAAUCCAAGGUUGUUUUCUCCCAACGAGGAGGAGGAAGUCUAUGUUAAGAAGGAAAGGAGUAAAUCUGUGGGAGACUUGGAAAUGUUUCAGGACUUUUUGGGACAGAGAACAGUAGGGGAUGGGGAAGGAGAUAGGGAGGGGCUGGGUCGGUACAGUGAGGAUGAUGUAGACGGAGACGACUUUGGUUUUCUUAGCUAUCCCUUUCCUUCCUCCUCAUUUCUCUCUGUAGCAAUGAACAAGACGAAAUCCCCCACACCCACCCACCGUAUCCUACCACGGAUACGCAGAAGCAAGACCAAGCCUCUCCCUGGGGCACAACACACGUGCAUGUGGAGUUCACAGGGACAUUGCACGUGGGCCAGCCUAAGUGGACGUAGAGUUGAACUCCGGCCAUUCUGUCUUCUGCAGAUCACGGAUGCUGAGAGACACCUUCUACAUAAGAUUGUCUUGUCUCGACUUCAGGCUCUUAAUCUCGGAUGUCCUAUAGCAAUCCCUAAAGAAUCGACCGACUGUCGGCGACCGAAGCGACAAAUAUUGUCAUUUAAGAGAAGCAAAUCAGCAAACCUAGCUUCCAUUAUCGACAAGGUGAAAUCCGACAAGGACAGCGAGAACAAAGAGCACCAACCAGUUGGUUUGGUCUUCGGAAUACCACUAGCAAAAUGCAUCGCCAACGAUAUUGACUUGCAGAAGAAAAGACGUGCUAGUAACGAAAACAAUGACGUCAUUAUUCAUUGUAGAGAACCACGGAAGUCCAGUAGCUCAUCGCAGGGUUCCAUAGAAAACAUCAAUCACAAUGGAAACACUCUGUCACCCACCUCGAUCAACAAGAGAAUACCGAGCACAGAUUCGUUGUCGGAGUCGGACUGCAGUCGACACACGACAAAUUCUAGUCUGGUCGACGCCUUGUCGCUGUCAAUAUCACGUCCAGAGAAUCUGAAGAACGACCAGCUUCUGUCCUCCUCCCAUCGGCCACACGUCCCUGAGAUAGUACAGACCUGUUUUAAGUUCCUCGAGGCUUAUGGCCUUCAAGUUCUCGGCAUUUUCCGAGUUGGUGCAUCUAAAAAGCGAGUGAAACAGCUGAGGGAGGAGUUUGAUAGUGGAAAAGACGUUAAACUGGACGAGUCCCACAACUGUCACGACGUAGGAGCAUUGCUGAAAGAGUACUUCCGGGAUUUACCGGAAGCGUUGUUAACACGUGAUCUGUACUCCGCACUUGUUGCUACACGUAAGUUGACGUCCAAAGAGACCCAAUUAGAAGCCAUUGGUUACCUUGUGUCCCUACUUCCGGUCUCAAACAGAGACACACUAUGGUCACUUCUCAACUUCCUGUCCACAGUAGAUCAACAUUCCAUGGAUAAAAUCGGAGAAGAUGGACAAACAUUACCAGGAAAUAAAAUGGAUUCCCACAACCUUGCCACUUUGUUUGGGCCAAACAUUCUACACAAAGUUAAACUAUCAGAAAAAGAAUAUCAGGUGGAGAGAUUGGAGCGAGCGGAAGAGCGCAAGGAUGUCAUUGACAUCAUCAAAGACAUGAUUGACAACUACAAUAAAAUAUUCCAGGUUCGCCCGGAAGUACAUGAUGAAGUGAUUAAAUUGUUGGUGGAGACAGACCCAGAAACCGCCGAUGAUUUGCUCAAGGCCAUGUCAAAUGAUAUGGGAAUGGAACCCGAUCCUGACACUACUUCAAGCAGCAUUUUUGAAGACAGUGAUACAGCGUCGCUGCCUCAUUCACCGUGUAGUGAAGGUGACUUUACUGCCUCCACGGCAAGGAAUAGUGCGUUACAUCCACCUCUGAGAAAUACUCAUAGUGACGAUAUAAUGACUCCCAAAACGAGGCGGAGAUUUUUCUUUUCUGGUAGUGACAGUGACAAAAGGAAAAGUAAAACUGACAAUAACAAUACGGAAAAAGAGCGACCCAAAUUCCGGUUACGCUUGGAUAGGAGUCCAAGUCCCGGAAAUAGAUCGAAAAUUAGACCACCGAAAGUGAAAAUAUCUCCAGAAAGUUCAAGUCCAGAAAUUUCAGUUCGUCGUUCUCGCCCAGAGAAAGUAGAUAGACCUCGAUCCGAAAACUAUGUAAAUCUUGCCAUUCCAAAACCAAAUUACGUCAGACAAAAUAGUGCCACAAGUUUUGGUAGUUAUGCUAAUACCUCUUCUAGUGACAGUGUACUAGAACCGGAGGUGUCUGGACAAUAUUUACUGCCAACUCCAGUUUCUGGAGAAAACACGCCAAUGUCUUCCAAGAGAGUGUCCUCGUCUCAGCGCCGGCCGUUAGGUGUUCGAAGUAAUGCGUACCCUGGCUGGGAACGCGAGCGAUGGCGGCAGUGGGAAUUGUUAGCAGCGGAGGGAGGAGACGAAGGGUUUGAGAAAGAGACUCUCGUGUGAUCAGUACGGAACUAUGCAAUUUUAUGAUAUUUAAAAUGCGUGAUAAUUGGAAAUAUACAUUUUUUCAUUAAACGGGUAAAUAUAUAUGUUCAAAUCAGUGCUCUGCAAUAUAUUUGGAAGUUAUUUCCUGUGCAAUAUGCAUUUGGAUUGAUGCAAUACGAGUAGGAGCUGUAUUUUAUUGUUUCUCGUUUUGUUUAUGCCCAUAUUGAUGUCUCUCCAUUGUGUUUCAUGAAAGCAUUGUUAGAAGUCGAGAUUUUUGUCUAUGCAGACUAGGGACAAAAAUCUGUUAUCAGAAUUCCAAAUCUUUCAAAGUGUUCGGUCAACAUAUGAAUACAAAUGUGGAGUCUUAACAGAAUAGACGAGUAUAUGUUGCCCUUUUCCGGAAAUAUUACAGAGAUCCGAUGUUCUACUAUUCAUUGUUAUAUUAAAUUGUUUAUGCUUAGUAAUUGUUUAUAAAAUCACACAAUAAAUUAUUUUAUGUACGGAUAAA